ACCGAUAACAUGGAUGACCUCUGUCAACUCGACGAGUCCAUCUUCCAGGAAGAUGAGAGUCUGGUCGAUCGGAUGGAGCGACUAAAACCAAGAUUCGACAUGACCAACGCAUCUCUCACAUCGAUCUGUGGACAUCCGCGCAUUUCUAUUCACUCACAAGACGACAAAGCGUCCCGAGAAGAAACAAUCAUGUUCAACCUCCUGAUUGAACUUAUCAACGUUUCUGAUCAAGAAUAUGAUCGAAGCACCGCAGCCUCAGCUGCCGCCCAUGCGACAAAUGCACUCUUUAUCUCCAUGACCCCAGAUCCGUCACGGCGACAGACAGAAAAGUACUCAUAUGGUGCUCUAUGGACAAUAUAUUCCGAACUGUUCAACUUCAUAAAGCAGAUACCAGUCGAGCACCAUGCGAUGCAAAGGCUAGUUGACUGGGUUGCCGAGUUGAGAAAGAUACACGUACAGACGUUACAUAUCUGGGGCAAAGACAUUGAAUUGUGGAAAGGCUUGCCGCUGCUGAAUCCGGAGUGGGUCGAACUAUGCCAGGAAUACUGUGGACCACGAGAGGUCAUGCUGAGCAGGAGGUUCAGAACCUUUCGAGAUCUGUUAGAAUCAAGUGGAGGUUACACACUCUAUAAUUAUUGGAAGUAG